GAGAUUUACAGUAAAGCAGGUUGCCGAUUUGUGUGUGGAAACAGCCAAAGAACAAAGCAAAAACGUAAAAUAUGCGCAUGCGCUUCGACACACAUACACUAGGGUCUGUAUAUGUGUGUGGGUAUUAAAGUUAAAACUUUCUUCAGCUGUUAUCUGACGAAGACAAGCCGAGGGAGAUACAAAAACAAAUAAAAGUGCAAAUGCCGCGGUGGUCAACAAGUUGCUCGUGAGACGUGGCAGAAAAUAGACGCAAGUAAAAAUAAACCAGAAUAUAGAAGUUGACGUGCGUCUGCAUAUAAUCAAAUACAAAUGUUCGUAUGUAUAUACAUACAUACAUACAUGCGUUUUUGUAUUUUUUGUGUGAGAAGUGAAAGUAUGCUCCAACAAUCCUGGUGAAUAACCGAAAGGUCUGAAAAAUCAAAAAACAAUAAUAGUUAAAAUUCUCACGGGCUGCACAAAAAGCAACAAUUAGCGCUGGCAUCAUGCCGACUAACAACAUAGUACAGAGACGCAAGACAACACGCUCCAAAUCAAAACAAAAACAAUCUGCUGCGGAAAGUCUAAUAGACAACAAAAAUGACAGCAACGAAAAGAGCGAAAGACUUCACUUUCGCAGCCGUUCAGCAACCUUAAAAGAAUUAACAGCGCCAGUCUCAGUCCCAGUGCCAGCAACAGUCAAUUGUAAUUCAACUUCACCACAGUGCUGUAAUGGUCUGCUGCCCACCACUUCCCAGUUGGUCAACUGUUGCCACGAUAUAAACUGCCAUUUGAAUGCUCCUCUGUCAUCACUGAGAAACAGUCUCGAGCGCAGUCGUCGCUCAGAAAGUCGGCAAUCGUUUCUCACUGAAACGACAAACUCAACACCGACACCUAUACCGACGUUGCUGUCGCCGUCGAAACCUUCGUUUGCGCCCCUACCUACCUCCCUUGAAUCUGAGGCGUGUAAGAAGUCGCGCUCGCGCUCUUCUGAACUCGACUCUGUGAAGCAGUUAAGGAAAGACGACCUAAGCAGCGUUGCUUUCUCUAAAUUUACCGUAAGCUUGCGCAUUGAUCUUCUUAGCUGGACGCUCUUUCUGGUGGCAUUCUUGACACGCUUCUACAAACUGGCAACACCAUCGCACGUGGUCUUCGAUGAGCUUCAUUAUGGCAAAUACAUCGCGCAUUAUAUGCGGAAUAUAUUCUUCUUUGAUCAGCAUCCCCCGCUGGGUAAGCAGAUGAUAGCUGGUCUGGUUGGCUUUACGGGCAGCGGAGGCAACUACACGUUUACACGCAUCGGUGAGAGCUAUGCGGCGAACGUGCCUGUCUUCUGGCUACGGUUUGUGCCCGCCUUGAGCGGUAGUUUGCUGGCGCCGGCCGUCUACAAACUGCUGCUGGCUGCGAGACUUCAACGCUGGGCGGCUGCUCUGGGUGGACUGCUUGUUGUCUUGGACAACGCGUUGCUUACACAAUCGCGCUUCGUGCUCAUGGAGUCGAUGCUGCUGCUGGCCAGCACUGUGGGUAUCGCCUGUCUGCUACACUUUCAGCGCUGCUCCCUUGGCAGCCUGCGGUGGUUGAGCACUGGAGUUACGGCCGCCUUGUCACUGGCCUGUGCCGGCUGUAUUAAGUACGUGGGCUUCUUAGCAUUGGUACUCGCCGGAUAUCUGUUGAGCCGUCAUUUGUGGCAACUGCUUUACGAUGCUAGCCUCUCCAACCGACAACUCUGGUUACAUGCGCUAAGCCGACUUUUGAUCUUUGUGGGCAUACCAGUGGUCGUCUACCUGGGCGUCUUUUACAUACACCUUCGCACAUUGCACCGGGCUGGGCCACAUGACAGUAUCAUGACAAGCGCCUUUCAAGCUUCACUGGAUGGGGGGCUGGCUUCCAUAACUCAGGGACAGCCAUUAGUUGUGGUGCAUGGAUCACAGAUUACAUUGCGACACACUCAUGGGCGCACCUGCUGGCUUCACUCACACGCCGCCGUUUAUCCAGUGCGGUACAAGGAUCAGCGUGGAUCCUCGCAUCAGCAGCAGGUUACUUGCUACUCCUUCAAGGACGUUAACAAUUGGUGGAUAGUAAAAAGACCCGAGCGCGAUGAUCUGGUCGUGGGCGAUCAGCCCGAUGUUAUACGACAUGGCGAUGUCAUUCAACUGGUGCACGGAAUUACAAGCCGUGCCCUAAACUCUCAUGAUGUGGCCGCACCAAUGACGCCACAGUGCCAGGAGGUCAGCUGUUAUAUUGACUAUGAGAUUAAAAUGGUCGGAGAACUGCUGUGGCGCGUAGAGAUACUGAACCGGCAAUCAGAGGGUGAUCUCUGGCAUGCAAUUAAGUCUGAGAUUCGUCUCAUCCACACAACAACAGGUGCGGCACUGCGCUUUAGUGGACGCCAGCUGCCCGAUUGGGGCUUCAAUCAGCACGAAGUGGUGGGCGACCGUGAAAAGGGAAACCCUGAUACCAUUUGGAAUGUGGAGGAACAUCGGUACACCAAGACUCAAGAUCAGCGUGAGCGUGAACGUCAAUUACUCUCAGCUGAAAUGAUUCCCACCCAAGCCACGAAGCUGUCGUUCUGGGCAAAGCUGCUGGAACUGCAAACCAAGAUGUUCUGGCAAGCUACGCAGCUACCGAGCCACAUGUACAGCUCACAGCCACACGAAUGGCCACUGCUGGACAAGGGCAUUGCAUACUGGCUGGACGCCAACUCCAGCGCCCAGAUCUAUUUGCUCGGCAACAUACUUAUUUGGUAUACCGCCAGUGCGGGCUUGCUCGUCUACGCCGCACUAUUGAUCUUCUAUGCAAUACGACGUCGCCGACUCUGCUUUGAUAUCCCGGACAGCGAGUGGCAGCGCUUUCUGUCUGCCGGUGAUGCCUUCUUUGUGGGCUAUCUGGUGCAUUAUUUGCCGUACUUCUUUGUUGACCGCACACUAUUCCUGCACAACUAUCUGCCAGCAUUCAUAUUCAAGCUGCUGCUGCUCUGCUAUGUCCUUGAGCACUUAGACUUUCUGUUGCGUCGACACUGCUCGGGACGAGCUCUUCUGCUGCUGCUAGUCUAUCGACUGUCACUUAUGAUCUGGCUACUUGCUGUUUGCGCUUUUUUUGUCAAGUUCUUGCCGCUCAGUUAUGGCACCAGAAAGAUGUCAGCGAAAGAAAUUAUAAAUUUACGCUGGAAGGACACUUGGGACUUUAUUCUACACAAGAAUCAUGCGCUGAACUAGAUCAUCUCGACUUGACCUUUUCGACAGGCAGCAAUGAAGAAAUAAUCAUUAAUCAUUUUCAAGCUAAAGCUAAUUUUUAUUUAUUUAUUAA